CAAGUAAACAGCACAGACCACGUCCAAGAUGAUGAAACUGGUGGUGUUGUCCUGCCUGCUGGCCGCCGCGAGCGCCGGCAUCGUCGCUCCCCUCGCCUACGGCGCGAUCUUGGCGCCAGCUAACUACCGCGGCCCGUUGUCCCUGGCCCCUGGACAACCCGCCAGCAUUCUUGCCGCUGACGGUAGGCCCCUCGAUACACUGGACGUCAACUUGGACCGCUCCGCUCACUACACCGCUAAGGCCCUCAACGGCAUCCACCUUCUGAAGAAGCGCUCCAUUGUCGCCCCUGUCGUUGCACCCAUUGCCACCCCUGUCGUCGCACCCAUCGCCGCCCCAGUUGUUGCUGCGCCCGUCGCCCGCGUCGCUGCUCCACUUAUCAGCCACACUGUGCCUCUUACCUACGGCGCUAACAUCGCGCCUCUUGCGGUCGGCCACGCUGCCCUCACUCACGUUUUGUAGAUAUCAUGUGGAGCACCAUACAUCUAAAUGCAAAUAAACAUUUAAAUAA